UUGGCCAAGCCGUCGAAAUAACGUCGCGGAUGUUCUCACAGCUGUGUAGCGUGCUUUGUGCUUUCGCGUUCUAUGCCGGCACGUAGUGGGGUCCGGUGGGUUCGUGGGCUUUGCUUGUGCUGCCAGCAACUGUCAGAACAGUUGUGCUGAUUCACAACUUUGUGAUUGGUGCUGCGCUUUUGAAGCGUGCUUACUGUAACCUCUAAUUCGAACUUUGGUGGUGAUUAGUCGUGCAGUCACUCUAGUCGUGCAGUGCCGCUUGUGAGCUGUCCGAGUUUUCGUCGUGGUGUGACCACUGAAGUCGAAAGCAACCGCGAAAUGUCGGCGCAGCCGCUUACCACUGGAGAAAUGUCCAGGGAGGAUCGGGAACGACUGGUCCAGCAGCGCAUGGAGGAAAUGAGGCGCAAAAAUGAAGAACUGCUUCGACGCCAUGCAGAAAUUGAAGCAGACAAAAAGAAUGCCGACCUGCUCAGCAGUGCAGCCAUCAAGGACAAUUCCCUUCGUAAGCCACCAUCUGCAGAUUCUUCGAGCUCAACACAGGAGAAGGCCGAAAAAAAGCCCCCAAAGCCCAGGCAGCCACGGGAGCCCCGUGUCCGACCGGUGCUGCCACCUGUGGAGAGGGACACCUUGGCCCACCGAAUGCAAAGGCUCAGCACUGAGGACGGUCCUCCGCCUGACCCAAACUAUCGCUUCCUGGCUGACCGAAUGCGCGAGGGUGAUGCAGAUGGCGGUGGGGAUGCCAGCGGAGACCGUGGCAACAGCCGUCGCCACCGGGACAACUACGGAGGCCAGGACUUUGAGAAUGUACGGCAUGCCAUGCGCCAGGAUAAGGCACUGCACAGGGAGGCUGGCCACACCCUGCCUCCAAAACUGGCCAUGACGGGACGAGAGCGGCGAGAGUACGAGCAGUGGAAAAGUGACCGUGCUGCCAUUGACCAGGCGCGAAUGCAGCGCCACAUGGAUUCCGAAGGCAACUUCACGCGCGAGUGGGACCUCCACAAGGGCCAGCAGUUGGGGCCGCCAUCACCUCCAACCGAUCGUCGAGCACCUCGGGGUGGAUCCACUCUGGGGAGCCACAUCUACUUGCGAGGGGGCUCUCGAGGUCGCGGUGAAGGUGGCAGGCGAUCCUCCCACCAUGGUCCUGCCGGUGGCCGAGGCCGAGGCAGCUCAGGCGACUCAGAAGUUAGUGGUGACGAGGGUUUCCAUGGAAAAUCAAGGCAGUUGCACCGUGGUGGCGGUGCUGGCAAAGGUACGAUCAAUGGCCAAGAUGUUUCUCAUCGUCGGGGCUCGAGGCACGACAACCAGCGACGCCACAGCGCACGCUCGGACAUCUCGGACGGCUCUACUUCUGAUGACACGCAAGGUAUGCAACAACCGCCGCCGCCACUGUCUGCAGAUGAUACAACGGAGAGUGAUCCAGCAGAGAGUGAUCCAACAGAGAGUGGUCCAACAGAGAGUGGUCCAACAGAGAGUGGUCCAACAGAGAGUGGUCCAACAGAGAGUGGUCCAACAGAGAGUGGUCCAACAGAGAGUGGUCCAACAGAGAGUGAUCCAAUAGAGAGUGGUCCUACAGAGAGUGGUCCGUCAGAAGAGCCCAGCGAGCAAGCUGCACCUGCUGAAACCUCUGAAGCAAAGUCUGGUGACCUGUAGGAGAACUGAAGAUCACUGCUGACAAGCAACAGCUGAACAUCGGUGAAAAUUUCAGCUGGAGGCCAAGUCAUCAGGUGGCCUGUGAGUAAAGUGGCAACGCUUGCACACGUGACAAGUGGAUUCGCCAAGGUCCGCCAGUGUGCGUAAAGAGGCUUCGAGGCCGUUGAGCCUCGAUCUUAACACUGGCAAUACGGGUCAGAGCGGCAGAAAGUGGUGAAUGGAUAGGUAACAGGUUUAGAGGAUGGGCAAACAACCCAGAAAUGGAAUGGAAGCCACAGUGUGUUUUUACGCCUUUUUGUUGCCGAAGAGUAACUUUACCAAAGCUGCUUACACUGCAGUGGUGAAGGUUUUAGGAAUUUGACAAAGUCAUAUUGUUGCUAGAUACAUGGAGUGUUUUACAGUAUUUGCUCACCUAUUUGAGACAUGUUCUGCUUAGAGCUUCCACAACAUUUUUCUGGUAAACAUUUCUUGAGAAUGUGUUUUUGCAGAUUUACUCUGCCACAAGAUAUGCGUAAAGUGUGGCACUCCUUGAGCAAGGCUCGGAAUGUGCCAGGCCACUGAUUGAAGCAAUACGACAGUUCUGCAAAGGUGUGUGGUGCAUGUGUACAUGUAACUGUACAGGUUUGCAUGACAUAUCUUUUCCGAGCAGAUAUUUUCCCUGUCUUUUAGGUCAAGGAAUGCUUACUUCCUGAUUCCCACUGCAUCACCAGUCAUAGAAUAGUGCACCUAUUCAAGAGCUCCAAAAAAUACAGGCUCUUUGGCGGUACCCAUAUAAAUAUGCAAGGCAAUUACAUAUUUGUAUAAGUGUACGUGUGUCUAGGCACAUCACCGAGCGACCUGUUUUGCCAUGACACAGUCAUUGGAUGAGCACAAAUGUUCAUUGAGAACUCCGUGGGGCAUGCAAUGGCAUUCACAAUGACAUGCACCGUGACACAGACUGCUGUGAUCGAAAAAUAUGCUGCCACACGCGGAUCUCAAAAUCUCAUGAAGGUGUGAUAAUGUAGUCUUUGAGAUUAGCAGGACUGAGCUGAGAACAGCGCCGUCAUUGAUGCUUUUUGAGCUCUCUGCAAUGCUCCUGGUUUCCAGGAGCUUAGACUGUCGCAUGGUUUUCGAUAAGCUUCUGCUAGUGCGCGCACAAUUUUCAGGCACUUAUUUUGUACACAGUACUUUGUUUCCUGUUAUAAAUUCCACUUCUUGGUAGGAGUGUGCAAAUAGGAAUGUUUUUGACCGACUCGAAUAUUGAAUAGGUACUUUUCAAGUAGCCUUCAAAUAACACACAGCCUUUUUUCUGUACUACUAAUGUAAAACAGUGUUCACACCCUGGUAUCUAUAAUGUCGACAAGUUUCUCUCAUUACGCUACUCAUUAUGAAGUAUGGGUUAUUAAAAGAAUGAAUAGAGCAUUAUGCUACUCUGUUUCAUGUGUACAUAGUCGGUGAUGCUACGAAGGCUCACAUUGCUUGCAUGUGCAAACAAAAAUUGGUAUUUCACAUAUGAAAGAUAGAUAUAAGUAAUAUGAGUACACAUCUUGUAAUUCGAUGUAACAUAAUAUUUAACACUUUUUGACAUAAAAUAUGACGUAUAUAUUUCAUAGAGGGCAUGGCUGAUCUCAAACUAUUUACCGCCGAAGAAGCGAAGUGUCCCAUUCCUGCGACCAGCUCUUGUCUGAAGCAAAGUAUGUCACACACUGAUGGUUCACCAAGGUGCACAGGUUAUAUCUGAUUUGGGGUAACCUUAUGUGUCCACAAGUUAUAAUAUAUGAAGUACAAGUUGGCAUACGCGCUCAAGAGUGCACUCGCUCCACACCCAUUUUCCAGGUGCGAGAUAGAGAAAUAGUGAAGGCAGAGCAAGAAAGACCACCUCUGGGUGGGAUAGUUGCAGUAUAUGGUGCCACUAUUAUAUCAGAUAAUAUUGCCAUGAAGUGUGUUCAAACUUAAUCCAAAGGGAACCCACAAAUGCAGUGUCUAAAUAUGCAGUACUAAAUAAUACCCACUGCUGAACGCGAUGUCUGAAUAAAAUCUGAGUGCAAAUGAUCGCAGUUUAGCCAAGAAAAUAGUCUGGCUGCCUGAGCAAUGCCGCGUGCUUUAAUAUGCGACUCCUCGUGUUUUAUGUCCAUUGCAACUGUAAUGAAAGUUGUCACAUUUUUGCUUCAGUUUUUGUUCGAUGAUGCACAGCUGACCAAGUGAAGUACAGUCAAACCUGGAUAUUGUUACAAUGGGAUGCAUUUAUUUAGAUAUGUAGAGACGAUUGAGGAAUGCCGUUCCAACAUUGAGCCACUUAUCAGACAAGCACACUUCUUCGUCCUCUUCUCCUGACUUUUCACUCUAGCAUAAAAAUAUAAUUAGGGGUGUGCAAAUACUCAAAUAUUACCAAAUCGAAUUGAAUAGAAGAUGUUUGAAUAAUUCGAUUCGCAAAUUGAAUAUCUGCUAUUUGGCUUUUUGUAUAUGUGAUAUAUUCGAAAAUUUGAUGUUUUCGAAUAUUCAAUAUAUCUGUGGAGCCCCUUGUGCUCAAUGCUGCCCAAUUGAGCGUUUCACUCCAUUUUUGGCGCAAAAGGAGCGCCGAGCCAAUGGCCGAGCAAUAAUACGGAUGGGCCGGCUCCGGCUGACGUGGUAGCCAACUUUGUCACUGCGAGCGCUCCCCAAUAUCAACCGAAUGCAGGGAUCACACACAACUCCCGACAGCCGCAACUCGCAGAACGGUGCCGCAUUGGCCGGAGCUGCCUCUGUCGGUGCAAGGUUCGUUGAGGUGGACAGGGCCAGUCGAAACAAUAAUGCAAUGCCGACAGAGUGAAUGGCAGCAAAAGCAGCUCAUAUUUCGUAAAGUGCAAAAGCAUGUGUGAAGAUCGGGCCGAUUAGCCGCCGAUAGGCAUGCAGAACGUGUUGUACGAGUAGUGAAGAAAUUCCUGCUGCUUCAACAGCCGUCAAUCUGGCCUGUACGCGUGAUCUUGAGACUUAUCACUGAUGAGCUAUCCGUACGAACAUACUAGUGGCAAACAUUACGCAACGGCUUGUGGCUCGUUACCACAUCAGCCAGCAGCAAAUUUUCAUCAUGGCCAUUAGGACUAAUCGGUGCUGCAUCAUCGGGCUUCGGCAACUGAAGUUAUAGUUUGGUGCCAAAUUGACGCAGAUAUAUUUACAGCAGCAACACAACGCUUGGAAAGCCCACAAACCACCUGACAAAUGAAUGGGGUGACCAUGCGUCCCACGACUCGCGGGGCUGUCCCGCAUUGAGGGCUAUUGUCCCGCGUCCCGCAAAAGAUACGAAAAUCUUCAAAUAUGUCCCACAUUUCACACUUUAUUAUUAUUGUUUGGCAGUGCCUCGAGUUCAGCUGCAUCUGGCCACCCUGUUUGAGGAUGUGUUAUCAGCAAGCACUCCAAGCUUCUGAAAAAGUCAGCUAGCCGCGUAGUUCACGGCGGUGACAAAUGCUUCUUGCCAGUUGCACGCGCCGCCCCGCCAUUCCCCUGAUGCGGGCCCCUGGUUGAAUUUGCAGCUGGUUGACAAUUUUUCUUUAUUUUAAAGGAAGAAAUUUAUUUGACGACGAAAUCAAAUAUAAGAUGGAUAUAAGUACACAUUUGGAUGCCCGGAAGUAACAACUGUCGGGGGUACCUCCUAACAAAACAUUAAAUGGGGGUUAGUAGGAUCGUGGAAAACAGUGAGUCAUAUCAUAUAUUAUACCAUUUCUACUUCAUCAUCGGAAAUAAAGGGUAAGAGAAAAAAAAUAAAUGAAAAAUAUGACAAGUAUAAUCACACAGUUAAAAAGAAAGGAUGAAGAAAAAAAAAUAGGAAAAAUCCUAAAAAUAACUCGCAGAAAUUCAAACGAGGAUAAAUGGCACGUAAAACUAACAACGCGGACAAGUAUCAAUUAUAGGCAAAAUUGAAUGACUCGAUAAUUUGAACAGUGCAUUGCAUAAUAGUAAAGCAGAACAAAAUCUAAUUAAAUCUAUGUUCAUUAAAUUAUACAAUGUGUCAGAUAAAGUGUUCAUGAAAUGCUUCUUAUGUUGUUAAAUUAUUUUUAUGUAGAUAUUAAUAAUUUUGUUUCGUGUCGGAGCAUAUUACAGCGAUGUAUAAAAUAGUAUUGCUUAAACAGAUAUGUAUACUUGAACUGCGACUUGUAUCAGUUACUCUAUUCCCUGUUUCAGAGUUGACAAAAUAUUGCAAGAGAACAUUUCUUGCCAAAAGUGAAAAAUAAGUUAUUGUAGUUAAUUCAUCGUGCUGUGUCAAUCCCCCCUUCCGGUCAGCCUGUCGCGCAUUUCGCUAGUAGGAAGGUGGUCACCCUACAAACGAAAGAGAGUACACAGGAUGGCAACAAAGUUGUCCACAGCCGCCAUCUUUGCAACACACCAUACCCGACACCCCCUCGCUGACGCACAUCUUUGUAGCUUUGAGUAACCCAUCACAAAACUAGCUUUGCAUUUACACCCGGUUGCAUGCAUUUGCGCGGACGGCGAACGAAUGGAGGAGGAAGGGGAAGAAGCGAGCGUCGCACAAACUUGCCAUGACCCUCCAGAUUUCAGAAUCUUUCACAGAUGGAAAAUCACGCCGAACAUGACAAUGAAACGGCAGGGACGGCGCCGGCUAUGCGCGAAGCGACAAUCGAGUCACGUGAUGCAUGGUCCUUUUGUCUGUCGUGCGGAUUGACCUCGCGAUAACCGACCUGCCGUAAAGUUGGGCUAGCCCUUCUGUAUUUUUGGAGAAAAACUGGAAUGCAAAACAUUCUAUGCAAUAAAUCAGAUUGCUGCAAUACACAGGUCCACUACUAAACUGAGAAUCUCAUUGGUAUUCAGUGCGACAGAAUGUCACUAAUUCAUUAGUUUCAGAAAUAAAAAGCACUCGAUUCUGUUCAACAGAUAUUCUAUUCAUAAAUUAAAUAAAUAUUUUCCGGGCCUUCAAAUACUAGAACUAAGCUAUAAUACUAAUUUGGUGUACUAAUUUGGUGUUGCUUUUAAUAAGCAUAGACUGUACUGUAUCUCGAUUUCUAUGUACCUAAGUUACUGAAAGCUUUCUUACAUUCUUGUUGUUUAAUGGUACGAGACUCCCGAACAUGCGUAGCACUGUAUUUUCUUGCCCAAAAUUUGUGAACAUUAAAUUUUGUGAAAACUUUUCUCAUAUUUGAUAUACAGCUCUUUCUUUGUUGACUCAAUUCGACAUUUCAUUUGAAAUCUUCUAUUCAGUAUUUGCACACCCCUAAAUAUAAAGAACAUGGAUAUCGCAAAUUAUCAGACGUAACAAAGUAAACCUAAAUUGUUCUUGCUAAUAUCAGUGCGAAAUUAACACGUGCUUAAACAAAUAUCAGAUAUAAUGAAGGUAUCUUCAUGUUGUAUGCCCUUUCAUUGUAAAGAGGUUUGACUGUAUUAUAACACUAAAUGACAGAAAUCCUGAUUUGUGAAUAUAGUAACUAUUCGAUUCGAAGACUGCAUCGAAUAGGACAGUAUUCUUUUUAUUGGAAAGUUAUAAGUAUUCCUUCACUCCUGUUUGGCAAGGCUGGUUAUGAAGUUCUAGUGUGUGUAAUAACAGCCCCAUCCAUUCUCUUUUUUGAGCCAUGCCUGGCUACAGUUGCCAUGCUUGAUCACUUUUUCUGUUGGGGCAAGUGUACACAACUCUAUAAUUUGCUGGCAUUACUUCUUCCUGGUAAAGCAUUGGUUGUCAGAAAUAUCAAUUUCUGAGGGGAUUAGGCUGCAACAGCCGCAUUGCUUAGUUUCUGAUUUGCCUUACAGCAGGGUUCAGGCUACUGGCUUGUGAUCAGUUGUUAUAGCUUGCUGUCAAUUGAUUAUUAUUGAUUGCAGUGAUUGCCUUACUGCUAAUGGUACCCAAAGAAUAAAUCUUUGCCUGAUGGUCUUGUUAUUAAACGUGCUUAGUGCUGAAUCAUGUAAGGUGCAUCUUAAAGGGACACUAACAAUCAAAUCAAAAUGUGCAUUUAGCGUGAUAAGCAUUUUUUCAUGGUGUGAUGUAUUUAUUUCAAAUUUUGAACCCAAACCACCGUGUCAGAUUAGCAUGUUGUCACAGAGUAUUUUCACCAUGUGGGCUGUUCAUACAAAAUUCUCAAAAGUUAUGCGAUGGAAUUCUAUUUUAUUGUGAAACUAUUAACUAGUCCCACGCAGUUGCUGUCAAAAUUCUAUGAUGUCAUGGGAAGCUGGCACAGCAGCUUGACGCCCACAUUUUGUUGCAUCUUUUUUGGAUCGCCAAUACUCCCCUUCUACGCCAUGUUAUUAUCCCAAAUUUAGCCCAAAACUAUCCAAAGCAUUUUUAAGGACUCCAGUGGCCGACGUGUUGUACCUCCCCAGAAAGAAUAAAUUCACUUCUGCUCCCAUGGAUCUUGUGCUGCCAUCUGCCAAAAACACGACUUAAAUCACUCAGACGAAAUUAGGCUCUAUCCAUAGCAUUGCUAGAAAAUGCAAAGUACCAUUGACAAGCUGAGCUCGUUCUUGGCCACUUUUACCAGCAAAACAUGGAUGAACACCCAGCUCAUCUCAGGCACGAAAGAGAUUAGUAGUAAACUGGCAUUUUUGGUAUUCGAGAAAUAUAAUUAUAAUUUAUAAAAUCCAGCUUUACUUUAAAAUCUUAUUUAUUCUCCCUUCAAAUUAUUGCAAUAAUUUGCACGCAUUUUCUUCCAUCCAACACUACGUUCAGGCUCCUGUCGCACAGUUGUAAAUGACCUUUGCAAAAAAAAAAAGGGGGGGAAAAAAAGGUUCCUUCACUUGUGCAGUUGCCAACUCAUAACAAUCUGCAAAGCAGGCAGUGCUAAAGAAACUUAAUCACUAAACAUGGCCCAUGCUUAUAGACAUAAAUUAAAAAGCAUUUUGCACUGAGCAGUGACAGCUGUAUAGGAUACACUGAGUAGACCUCACACUGUUGAAUUAUUUCUCUGCAGCACAGCAAUUUUGGCUGCACAUUCGUUUGAUUCUAUUUCUCCCGCUUGUUCAUCACAUGCAGCCCCCCCACAUUAAACUACGCAGAUGUUUAUCUAAUGCUGCCUGAGUCUACUGAAGGUUUCAGAGAGCGGUAUUGCUUUGUGUUGCGAGCUGUCAUGAUGGAUUACUCGGCUAUUUCGGCCAGAAUAAAUUAAAAACGGGCAUCAUCUUCAAUCGCCAACUACCUCUGUCUUGCGUCGGCUGAACCCAUGCUACAUUUGAAAAUUCUUCAAUCACAUCAAGCCACCUAAUGCUUCGCCAUCUUCAAAUGCAUUUAAUUUACCUUGGUCCAUACCAGACACGAUGCAAUAGACAAACAUUUGAGCAAAUGACACAAGCAUUGACUGGUGACUGAAAAUUUUAACUCUGCACAAUGGCAAUGCAUGUAGUGGGACAGAAACUGUGAGCACAAUGGAAGACAUGCAGGGAAGAAUUUGGUCAUCAACGUCAGCCAGGCAGUCUUGCUGAUAAAACUGUGCCUUAUGUAUGUAGCCUGCCUCAAGCACCUUCCUGAACUUUCUUCAGCCGUGCAUUCAAGUGUCAUUACUACCAGUUCAGUUGCAGGUCCAUUGCUAUACUUUCAAACCCACUUUGGAAGACUGCAGUCCUUCUCGCAAUAGCUAGCCUGGAGGGGCAGGUGAUGCCUCACCGUCUUCUUCGGAGACUGUGCUCACUUUCUGCCAUGGCACACACAACUCACUGCUACCUUGUUCUACUACUUGUACUACUUGUUCACCUACUUGUUCUUACUGCGCAAAAUAAAAAGAAAAUUAUCAUCAGUUUGUGCUCAGGUAGGGAGUACCUAUGCAGUAUGCACUGCCAUGCAGCUGCAAUUCCUUUACUAUAAUACUUUCAUCUUUUGCCUUUGCCAGUGCACUAUUGUGAUUCUGAUCACUUUUGGUAAUCUCGCCAAAUUUACCAGUGAUAAUGCAACAUUAUUCUGUGAAUAUAUUUUGGACUAAACUAGGAACUGAAAUGAAGUUCACCCACCAGAAGUCACGGGGCACUGCUGCCAAUCUUGAGUGUGCAUCAUGCAAAUAUCUAAAACUUGCAAUGUAUGCCAAUCUUUUUCUCAUGGUUAAGUGAGAAAAUAGUGUUGUCCCUAAAUGCUGUACGAGACAGAGGAUCACAGAAAGAUGGAGGCUUGAAGUGAAUAACAGUGAUUGAACAGGGGAUGAUGCUGGAGCCAGCAUUUUGACAAGCGGACUUGCCUUUGCCAGUGCCUUGACAAGCGUUCGCUCCAACAACAUCUCUUGGUCGACCACUGUUGAUCAUCAUAAAUUCUGCGUUUAUUGGUUGUGGACAGGCUAGUGCAUAUGCUAUAUCAGUGGCUGCAGAUUGACCAUUGGAGUCCAUCGUACUGCUUCUGAUUGGUAACUUAGUGGAAUGACAUCACGUGUUUCUUUGGAGUAUAUGGGUGUCAUGGCUGACAUACUGAUGCUGUAGAUACAGCACAGUGCUGCCAAUGCCAAGGUGCAGUAUUACUAGCCUGGUGCCAACGGUGCCACAAAAGAAGCCUGUUAAAGCAGGAAGCAUCAAACAAAGGCUGGAUGUUUAGUCACUUGAUGCAUUGGCAGAAUGGACAAAACAGCAUAGUUCAGAGUGACAGAGGAAAGUAUGGGGCAAUAUUUUCUUUCUGUAGCAUUUUGCUGUUUCUGUAGUAGCACACAUUCCUUAAAGAAUUUGCAGUCCUAGUUGUCUGGUCAGGCAUCUGAAGGCAUUUUGGUUCUGUAGGCUUGUUUUACAGUUGAUAACACAAUUGCAAUGUGUGUGCAGAGCGUUGCACGUGGACAAGUUUGAGCAUCACAUUAUCUCUUGCAAGAACUGGCUGGCAGUGUAGUUGUGUCCUGACGAUAGGAAGCAGUAUUCAACGAUGGUAGAAAACACAUUGCACUGAUUAGCGACUGCACGAGUAUGCCAUGCCAUGCCUUUUACACAGUGAGCAGGUAAAGAACACAUGAGUUGUCAGUCAAAAUGCCAUGGCAAGAGAAUUUUUCUUUUUCCAAAAGUUUUAGAGAAGGGUUGCUCGCACUGUUACCUUUUGGCCUGUCUUGAAGGCCCCUAAGAUUUCUCUCAUGGAUCUGUAAAAGUUAGGCUUGUGUGAAUAGUGCUUUUUGGUUCAAAGCGAAUAGUAAUUCUUCUCGAAUAAUUUCUAAGCGAAUACUUCGAUUAGUAGCAAGUAAAGAAAAAAAAAAGACAGCAGAGGGCUAAGGUCUGGGAUUUAUUCAAGGAAAGUAAACAACUUGAUUAUUUACGAAAAUCUACAAAUUUUCGUGCAAGCUCACUAGCUGUUCCACAUGCUGGGGUUUGAGGUGCUCGCUUCUGCAGCUUACAACGGCUCCUGCAGUGGAAAAAAGCCUUUCACUUCUUUUCUGGGUGGCUGGUAUCGAAAGAUACCUACAGGCAGCUGCAAGCAGGGUUGGGUAAAGGUGGCUGCCGUUGCUUUUCCACCACACAAGGGGGUCUUCGGACCGGGAAAGAAGGCGGGGCCUUCAAGUACCCAGCAACCUCAACCGAGAUAGUACGCUUGAUUGAUGAUGUGCAUGCGAACUGAAGUGUGCAAAAGCACUCCACACAGAGUCCCCUGAUGAGUCGGCAGAGCAGGUGCUGUUCUCACUUGUUGCUGUACCAUGUUGAUCAACUGGCACAGUCUCUUCUGCUGCCGUUGUGAGUAGAGUGAAUGCCCAUUGCUUUGCGGGUCGCUCAGCAUAACAAACAUCUUUGUAUCUAGGAUCGAUCAAUAUUGCCAAUGCAGGAAGGCGUGAAAUCUUGAUAUCAGGGAACCUCGUCUUGAUGCUACGCAAAAGGCUUGAGGCAAGCAAUGCUGCCUCACCACCUUCGGAAACAUGUUCAGCUAGAACCACCUCGGUACACUGCAACAGGGGAAUGACUUGUGACAGCGUGGGAUAUCUGUCCCCAGACAGUUCAGUUGUGGCAUGGUCAAGUGGCUUCAAGACUUGCACUAUUGCAUUCAUAAGGUUCCACUCACUUCCGUUCAAGUUUGGAACUGCGUCAGAUUCUGAAAGUUCUACAGUGAUGACCGUACGGAGCUUCACGAGCCUGGCCAUCAUGGCAUGCUCACUGUUCCAUCACGUCGGGACGUCGUGUAUAACCUUGAGAGGGUCCAACUGCAUGUUUCUCUGAAUUUCCUUUAGCCGUCCUCGUUCCUUGGCACUCCGUUUGUAUCUAGCCACUAUCGCUCUGGCUUUAGCACAGAGCUGCAAAAACCCUGACAGUUCUCUUUUGGCAUCACUGACACACAACUGAAGGGUGUGUCCGAAACACUGCACACCAUUCCAGGACGACCGCGCUACUGCAGAAGUAAAGUUCCUUCCAUUAUCUGUAACGACGAAGAUCGGCACAGUAUCGUGGGCUGGAAGUUCCCACUCCUCGAUGACACCUGCGAUAAAUAGCUCCAGGUUUGCUGCAGUGUGAGAGUCUGUCAUCUCCGUGCAAGCCAAUGCAUGCACGUGUUGCACGAAGUCACUGUCUAUGACGUGACAAGUUACACAAACGUAGCUGUCAUUUGCCCACGAUGUCCAACCAUCAGUUGUGAUUGAAAGCGACUCCACUCCACUUGCAAAAAUGUCUCCGAGCUUCUUUUUCACCUUCUCUGUGCUUGAUGCGUAGAGGUCUGGAAUAAUGGCUCUAGAGAACGUUGUCCGAGACGGCAGGGCAUAAUCCGGCAUAGCGAACUUCAUCAUGUCGAGGAAAUCCGGUUCUUCGGCAAUGUUGUAGGGGUGCAUACCACGAGCUACAAAGCGAGCUAUCAUUUUUGUCAUCUGUUGGGGCUUUUGGGGCUGACGCUUUCAUUUUCGGCUUGAAACUGUCGGCUAUGGAUGGCUGUUGACCACUUGCCUUGCUUGCCCCCUUGAGCUUGGAUGGCCUCUCGCAUGCAUUCCGCUUCUCUUGGUAGUCCUUGUGCAAGUCCGGGUGUCUCCUUAAAUGCGUUGCUAUAGGGUUGUUGUCGUACUUGUCGGGGUCUUCAGGACUGCCUUGCAUUUAAGACAUCGAGCUUCGGUUCCCGGUGGAAUCUUUACAAAAAAGUACCAAAUCGGAUUGCUGGCCGCAUGCAAGUCCCCCCAUGGUGCUCUCUGGAGUGGUCCAAGGUGGCUGGGAUUGAUCAAAUGCCGCCACGGCAGAGACAGUUGCCCACUAAACACAAUCGACCAGACCACCACGCCUAAUGUUACUAGAACUAGGUACGUUGACCACGCCGACGAGAUCCAUUUUUGUACCCCUUUGUUCUGAGUAUAGUUCUGUUUUCCUGCCUUGGUUUGGAUUGGAUUGAGAAAAGUAUAACUGAAUCUAAAACCGAAACUUCCGAAAACGCCUUCUCCCUGCCGCGUGUUGCUAUUCGUUUGAGCCAAAUACUUCGAAAUUUAAGAAUAACAAAAUUCGAAUCGAAACGAAUAACGAAUAGCGCAUUAUUCAUUCAACUAUUCGAAAAUAUUGAAUAUUCGCACAAGCCUAGUAAAAGUGUUAUACAGUGUACUGCUAUCGGAAAGGAAGGAAUUCAUUUGCAUUGGCAACAAUGUCAAGAAUGAUUUACACUGAUAGCAAGCGUGCCCGCACUGUUGUGCACUGUCAGCCUAUUACUGAUGGAUCUGCCUGAAUAUUGAAUGAGAAGUGCUUCUUUCUUGGUUAAAUUAGCUGGAAUUCAUUACACCACAAAUAUGAGCACCAUCAGCUUCUUACAAGACUUGAAGCGGUGAUGAACUCUUCUGAUUGCAGGCUUUGAGUCUUGCAUUAUGAUCAAGUGCCCGACUUUAUAGUAAAAAAAAUCAGCUAGUCAAAUUUUUAUAAUUACUUGUAUUAUUACGACCUGAAGCCACUUUAAUAUGUUUGCCAUUGUGGUAUCAGCAACGUAAAAAAACAUGCAUAAGGAUUUCACCUUCCCUGUAUUUAAAGAAGUUUGGGUGCUAAGAAAAGAACAGCAUUCACCACCGGUGGCUUGUACAGCACAGGUUGGCCAAGGUCAGGGCGAGACAUUUACUGAUCGGCCCCCUAGUCGAAAUGGUUCGUACCCGAUCGAAUGCAUUUUCUGAAACACCUGUGUAUUUAUACUAAGCAAGAAUCACCAUAAUCCCUACUAAAAAAAAAGAUCCAAAUGAACACAAGACAAGGUGACAGUGUAAAAUAUGCGCACUAUGCAAUAGUGCAAGAGACUUAAUCUCUUUGAACUUGAAGCUACUUGAAUCAAUAGCUAAUAGUACAUUCUCUAUUCUGUAGUAUUUCACGCUGUUUUCAUGUACUCGAACCAGCAACAGCUUGCUCUAAAUUCACGCUUGUCGGCAUGUUGCACUUCAGAUGUGGCACUCUUUCUUAGACCAGAGAUGUACCAAGUCAAACGACGACGUAGAACUAAAGACAGAUGGUCGCGCCACCUUCACACUCCCAAAGCAGCUUUUCGUAAUUGGACGGGUCCGGGUCGUACUGAAGCAACAUGACAAAGUUAGCUUGUUGCUUGAAAAACUUCAUUUGCAGGCAAAACAAAAGUUUUGCCAGCCAACUUUGCUUGGCUUUUCCUGCUGAAAAAUAAACCAAAAACGCUACGAGAUCUGUGCCAUCUUGCCAUGAUAUUAUUGCUGCCAUCGAGGGGGCAAGUCAGGCCUUUGCUCAUGUGACUCUCCUAGCCAACAACUGGUUCUUAAUUAUUUUGAGCAGCGCUGCGAAGUUCGAGAGCAGUACUCUGCCUGUCUGGCUGGCCUUAGCAUUUGCCUUUAGCCUCUAACUUUGCAAGCGUCAGUAGGCAGUAUAGUACUCCAUUUAACAUAGAAGUGCCCCCAAUGACAGUGUUCACCAUUUAAAUUGAAAUUGUCCAGUUGUUUGAAAAAGCUAUUUCUCAAACAACUUAGCAAUACUCAUAGUUCAGUCUCUCUUAAUUGUAUGUUGUUUCUGCACAUUCUGUUUUCUCUUGCCUUACUUGCAGGUGCUUUAAUGUGUGGUAGAUGCACUUUAAAAUGUUUAAAUGUUUUAAAUGCAUGGAAGGUACUUAAUUAUGAAUACCCAGGUUCUGAAGCCUGCUUUUGUAGUCUUCUUGUUGCACUUAGCUGUAUUAAGUCUGUCAGUUCAAUAAUUUGAAAAAUGUACUUUGGUGCCGCCUUUUUUAUUUUCUUUGUACUUGGACAUUUUUUUGUCCAGAUAAUUUGCUUCAGAAGUGCCUUGUUUGGUGCUGGUGUGUUUGCAAGGUGUGAAGCGAUUAUCUUUUGAGUGGCUUGUUUGUUUGAGACGCUUGCAUGCUCUCAGAGUACGCUCGUUUGCUAAUCAAGGUAAUACCUAUUAAAGUUUAAAAAAGGAAGAACUCAUUUAUGCCCAUGUACAAUACUCAUGUAUUAUGACCUCAAUUACCUGGUCGCCUUGCUCAUAUAUGAUGAAAGCCUUGCACAAGUGUGUUCUUGUGGGAAGCAAAUCUCCUGGAUGACAGUGCCACUAGUUCUGUGCAAAUUUCUCUCCUAAGAAUCCAUGCUAUUGUCCAGACAUCAUCUGUGGUCUUCCACAAAAAGGCAUUAACGUGAACACUGCUACACCAGCAAUUCUUUUAAGGAAAAUAAAAAAACAAAUGCAAGUAUACAACCUCGUGCACUGGCUUGAUGAAAGAUGGUGCCGGUAGAGCAAGACAUGCUCACUGCACUGCGUCCAGGUGAUAUCUGCUUUUUACUAAAGAGGUUUCUCUCACUCACAUGCAUUGAUAUAUGUCUUAGAGGCCCACUCCAAUGAAAUUUCGAAGCACAUAAAAAGCCUAGGUUCAUUUAUGUAUGUUAUAUAUAUAGCAGCCUCCAUGCAUAACAUGUGUGUUUGAAAUAAAAGCUCACAGAGGUGAACAUUUUUUUUAUACCAAAACUGAAGAAAAUGGUGCCAUUACCACUUGCUGGAAGUGAUGCAUGACCCAGAAUGCUGAGAACCAUUGCAACUCCUUGUAAUGGCCUCCAAGAUUAGGCAGCACCCAUGGCCUGCCAAAAGAAAAUCACCGCCCAAGCACUCCAUACAGAUGGGAUCUCGUUUAAUCUCGAUGGUUCAUUAAAGUCUUUCUCAAUUAUUGGUUAUGUCUUUGUGUUUUACACACAUGUUCGGCUGCGACGGAGUGAACGACGUCACUGACCAUAUGCCCACAGUCCGCCGUUGUCGCCAUUGCCGCUUGCGAUUCUUCAAAAUUAAAUUGCUUCAAAAUUAAAUAUGACCGUCAUGGUAAGACAAUGAAUGGCUCAUACCCCCUUAAGCAAUGGCUCAUAUCCUCGUAAACGUGGCCUCCCCAUUACGACAACAGAAAAGUGAAAUUUUGCGCUAGAAUGACUAGCGGCAACGGAGCCAGCUGUGGAAGAAGACGCUCGAGCCAUUGCUAAUGAUGAUGAUAGUUGCUGCGCACAUCAGACGGACGAAUUUUGGUUUUGCCUAGCCAUAUACAGCUUCGCUGUAAAAAUCUCGGAGGCGACAUGGUGGGAUUUAUAUCAUAUCCGACAACCACUAGGUGCAUGUGUCAUCCGUUUAAGCACUAUUCAAAGGCUGCUAAUUAGAAAAUCAGACUAUUACUAGUUCUAUGGCUUUGUCAUUACUUCUACACUUGGAUUACUUUGACAGCAUAUAUACUGCUAAAGUGAAAUUUCAUUGCAGUUGGUCUUUAAGUGUGGAUUGUGUCUUUUGUGAUGAAGGCACCACCACUGCUGUGUCAGCUGGCUGCCAAAAGGAGUUUCUGGUCAAGCUCGGAGCCCAAAUGUGCAGUGAUGCAAAAACUCCAGUUGUUUGACAGUGUAAUGUCUAGAUUGAUGAGACCAUCUCAGCUCACGGAGUGCUGCACUCAGAAUAGCCAUGUGGGCCUGUCUUUUUGUUCCUGCCAGCCUGGCCAAUUCUCCGUUCGUAUUAUUUAUUUAUUCAAUUAGUGAAGCGUGGUUCGGAUCACUAAAGGUUCGACGACCACCUUGUAUGUCAAGAGAGAACUGUUCUCCUUUUUAUGGAAGCCUUUGGGCUAGGAAAUGUGAACCACUGUUCAUUACCAAGCAGAUAAUAAAAAGGUUGUGGUGAUGCA